AUGGCUUCGUCAAGUGGUGAGAAGAAAUACCCUCGACGAAUGUACGCAGAGGGAAAGGCACCAUCGCAAACGAAAAGCAUGAAUUAUAAUUGUUAUGUGUCUAACAUAAAAAUGGUAGAAACAGGAGUUGGAAAGGAUGUGUGGGAGUCUUUGAAGGAGUCUUCCAUUGGAGUGAUUGCUAAGCUUAAAGAUGUUGAGUAUACAUUCUCUGCCAAGAUUGUGCAUUACUUGCUUACACAUCAGUUGCAAACGAAGAAGAGCUAUGAGAUAUGGUCCUUGAUUGACACCCAGCCAAUUCGUCUUUCUUUGCUGGAAUUCGGUGAUAUUACGGGCCUAAAUUGUGAGCCAUUUAAGGAUGAGAACAAAUGGGAUUUAGAUCAUGAAGAGUUUUGGGGAGAACUAAAUGUCUCUACAUUGGAAGGACCGUCCUUGGAUCAGUUGGAAUUGGUCUUUUCUAAAAGUGCAGAUUGGACUUUUGAGAAGAGGAGAAUGGUAGGAUUGUUGUGUCUCUUGUCCAUUGGCAUCUACGGCCUCUCUCCGUCCAGUCAUAUCCCUUUACAUCAAGCGAAAAGAGUUCUAAAUCGAGAAGCUUUUGAGAGUUAUCCGUGGGGUCGAGUUGCAUGUAAGAGUUUGAUGGAUUCAAUUAAGAUGCUAAGUUACGGUGUGAAGAAAACAUACACACUUAGCGGAUGUGUUCACGUUCUGCUCAUAUGGGCAUAUGAGGCAAUUGCUGGUAUAGGAGAGUUGCAUGGGAAUAAAAGGGCUGGUGACGAGGUUCCUCUUCUUUCUUGGGGCGGUUCCCGUCCAAGGAUUGAGUGGUCAGACUUCUUCCGGAAAGAGAAGAAAAGUCAUGCAAAUAAGAUUCGUGUUAGGAACUUUAUUACACUGUUUGACGGAGAAACCAGUGCGAAAUGGGUUGAUGAGGAGGAGGAUGAAGACGUGAAGACCUUGCUUGAUGAUAUACAUCACAAUCGGUUAGAUGAAUCAGCUUGGGAUGUCAUCAAAGCUAAUAUUAGCCAGAAAAAAAAACGUAAAGAAGCUGUCGAACAUAGUGACGUUGACUCCAAGGAACAUGAGAAACCUACAAAAACGAAAAAGAAAGAGAAAAAACUUGAAGGAGUUACAGCGACAUCAGAUGAUCAAACCAGUCUCGUGGAUAUGAUGAAGUUGUUUACAUCAAAAGUAGACAACAUGGAAACCAAUAUUGCUAACAAGGUGUUGACUGGUUUAGAUGGAGCAAUUGAUGCCAAAGUUGAUGCGAAGGUUGAACUGAGAUUCAAUCCCAUGGAUGAGAAGAUUGCCACACUUGAGAAGGAGGUGAAAUUUCUAAGAGAACGUUUAGGAGAGUGUGACACCAAAGAAGCCGGCAGCUCCAAUGUUAACAUAGAUGAUGAUGUCACUAGUAAUUCUAUGCCAUGGAUGGUGCAUGCUAAGUCUACAUCACAUGAUGAUUUGCCUAUCCACGUUGUCGUUAAAAAUGCAAACAAACCAUGCAAGAAAAUUGAGAAGCUCACCAAGGAGCAAACAGUGGAGGAACUGCAAGCCAAAUUGAAAGGAAAACAAGUUCAAACUACUGUCACGAACCAGAAGAAGAAAAUAAAACAAGAACCUACUUCUUCAGAGACGUUUUCAAACCCGGUACAUAGACGAUUUCGUGCUGGAUUAAAUCUUAUGGUAGCUGGAAUUUGUGGCGUCAAAGAUGAUACCUCACUGCCAAAGCGCCAACCCAAAUUAUCUUCGAGUCAACUCUAUCCGUUUGUGGGAAAUUCUACUGUGAAGCGGAUCAUUACCGGUGUAUCUCUAUCCAUCGCAGCGUACGAUCCAAUGACUGAAGUGGAUGAGACUAAAGCACAUGAUUUGUUGGAUUUUAUACGGCAAGAUGAUAUGGAACCAAUUGCGACAUGGGAUUCAAAUGUCGAAUUUUACAUAAAGCUAAUUACUCCGAGGGAUAAAUGGUGUACACAAGACUACGGCUGGUUGGGUAGUUCGCAUAUGUGCUCGGCGAUGCAUAUGUUCUACAAGAGGUCUUUGAGGGAUCCAUCUCCAUUCCAUUCACCAAGGAUUGCAUUCAUCGACCAAUGGUUUGUCAACGAAAUGGUGCGUGAUUUCAAUCUCGGGACAUUCAACCCAAAGACUUGGACCGUGCCUGAAAAAUAUAAGAGAGUGUUUAAUGGUACGUAUCCAGCUGACUCAGUUACAAACAAGAAAUGGCUUGAAGAUGUCGAUCACGUGUAUGCAUGUCAUCAUAUAAAUGGAAACCAUUGGGUUGCUUUGGAUAUUGACUUGGUGAAAGAGAAGAUUCAUGUGUAUGAUAGUAUUCUGACAGUGGUGCCUGAUGAUAAAGAUAUAAAGGAGAUUUGUAGGCCAUUCACAAAGAUGAUCCCUGCAUUGCUCAAUGCAAUGCUACCAAGAAAUAUGCGGAAGAAGAGCGACAAGCAGUUCACGGUGAUAAGAUUGAGGAGUCCUCCACAAAACAAAAACCCGGGCGACUGUGGAGUGUAUACUUUGAAGUACAUUGAAUGUCUGGCUAUUGGUUGCACAUUCGAUGGUUUAAAUGAUACUAAUAUUCCAGCAUUACGACUGAGAUUAGCAGCUGAGAUUUAUGACGAGGUGGGACAACCGCGUAUCGCCUGCAGGUCCACCCAUUUAGUCCGUGAUGAAGACUUUGGCCAAGAACUACGAUUGAUUGACUCUCCAUAG